UCCUCAUGGAGUGGCAGUGGCCCUUUUGCACACUCUGUAGCAAAGACUAGAUCUCGUCUCCCUGGUUCUCCCUGAUAUCCUGCUCCUCUCUCAGUGGCGAUGCCCUCGACGCAGCAGAGCGGCGAUGACAAGGCGCCGUCUCUGGCGGAUAUGGUCUUCGAGACGGUAAAUCGACACAUGAAUAUGUACAAGGGCCCAGACGACGGGAUCAGUGUUGCUAGAAGCGUCCUCCUUCUCCUCCUACUGGUUGCCGCGAUAUUGUUUUCCCUUGUGAUAUGGAUAAGAGGAGGGAAAGCGAAGGGUCAGGGAAGGGAGUCCGAUACAGAAGACGUAGGAGUGUCAACAACGAAGAGGAACCAGAAAUGGAACGCACCCCCUGCGAUCCCUGAGACGAUCCCAUUCAUCUCCAACGCCAUCGCGUAUAUCACACGCCCUAAGGCUUUUCUUGAACGUGCUGCAAAAACGCUGUCUCGCACCAAUCUGGCAACCUUCCACCUGGGUCCCAUCCCUGUAACCCUCGUGACGGGAUCCGCUCAGGUCCAAUCACUCUUCCGUUCACAGGACGUAUCGGCGGAGAGAUUCCUGCUCCUCAUUCUAGAGAACCUGCGCGGCAUGUCCAAGUCGGAUGUGGCCGGCUUCAAGGCCGAUCGCACAGGGCGACGCCGUAUCCCGAGAACAGACGACGACGACAACAGCAAAAGGCUUUGGUACCGCCAGGCCGAGAUCCACGAAUUCAUCGCCCGUCCCGAGGUGACCGCCACCCUCGCCAGGACCUUUACACGCUUCUUCUCCGCCGCGAUAGAAGAGACCCAACCUCUCGGGGGCGACUGGGUCGAAGAUGUCCGGAUCUUCGCCUUCCUGAAGCACGAGAUGGGCACCGCCGCCGUGGCGUCCCUCUCCGGGACCGAAGUCCUGCGCCGGGUGCCCAACUACGUGAAGCGGUUUUGGGAGUUUGAUUCCGUCGGCCUGCGUCUGGUGUGGGGGCUCCCUCGGUUUCUUGACCCGGAACCCGUACGGGUGCGUAACGCUUUUCACGACGACGUGGCUGAUUUCCUCGACGAGGCGUUCAAACAGUGGGAUGCCAAGAAGAAGGAGAGAGAGGGAAGGAACGAGAAAGAGGAAGAUCCAGAUUGGGAACCUAUUUUUGGAAACCGCUUCACGCGCCUCGCGCAGACGUUCGUCCGCGACAUCGGGGUUUCGCGCCGCGGCCAGGCAGGCACGCUCAACACUCACGUUCUGGGCAUCAACUCCAACACUAUCCCGCUGACCGCCUGGGCGCUCUUCGAACUGGUCAAAAGGCCGGAUUUAUUCGCCGCCGUGCGGGAGGAGGCGAACACGGCUCUGAUCCAUGACCAUGGGGAGGAGGGCAUGGGCGAGGAGGGGCCCCAGCCGAGAGGAGGAGGAGGAAGAGGCAACCAUUCUCGUCCCAGCCGCCGCCAGUUCGACCUUAAGAAACUCGUGUCCCUGCCUUUACUGCAAGCUGUCUACACCGAAGUCCUGCGCCUCCAUGUUGCCAUAUACGUGACGCGGCAAGCCCUCCGCCCGACCACCAUCGCAGGCUACAGCGUCGCCGCGGGGACAUUGCUCCAAACCCCGACCAGCCUAGCGGGCCGCGACGAUGCCGUCUGGGCUCGGAAACCGAAUUACCCACCUGCCUCCGAAUUUUGGCCCGGCCGACACCUGCGCGAGGCCCGCUCACCCACUUCUUCGUCUCCUCGUCUCGAAUUCGUCCCCUCGGCCCGCAGCGCGGAUUUCUUCCCCUUCGGAGGCGGUCCGUCCAUCUGCCCCGGACGCCACUUUGCAAAGCAGGAAAUCAUGCUCGCCGUGGCGAUGCUGGUCUCCCGAUUUGACAUGGAGUUUGUCGACUGGGUGUACCAUGAUGACCACAAUGGUCACGCCCGCACGAGCGACCGCGAGGCGAAGGAGGACGACCGUUUUUUUGGCGCCGCAUCCGUGCCCCCCGAUCGGGAUAUGAGAGUUCGCUGGCGGAGGAUCUGGUAAAAAGAAGGAGUACGCAAUAGUUUGACCCAUUGAGUCUAAAUACAGACACUAUAUAUAAUCAAUCAAAUCGUCAAUCAAAUGGUCGUCAAAUGGU